UAAGCCACUGGAAACAUUGGAAAUGACUGUUCCAACAUUUGGGGAGGUUCUUCUGUCCUGGAAACCGUGUCCGGCAUCAAAUUCCACACAAGAUAUCAAAUACUUUGUAAACAUAAGCACUCCAGAUUAUGAUGAACAGUAUUACACACAACGGUGUAACUCAUCGCGGAUCCUAGCUCUGCACAGGGGCCUACAUGCUCAAGUGUCCAUCACUAAAUGGAAUCAAGGUGUGCAGUUAUCCUUAAGUGUUCCAUUGUCAAAGGUCCUACGUCCAACAGGAGAAGAAGGAACAGCUGCCACAAAUUUGUCCUGCCUCAUACACACACGGGAGUCUCUGAACAUCUCACUCACCUGUAACUGGACAGCGGGGGCAAAGGCACCCCUAGACACUCAGUAUUACUUAUACUACAGGUGCGUUGAAGCCCCAGCUGAUGCUGUGUCCUUCAUUGUGCCUUCAAGGUUUGGCAACAAAGCAGAAAAGUGCCAUGAAUAUGUGACAGAACGGGGUGGACAAAGACAUACCGGUUGCUACGUUCCCUCCAGUUACAUUGAGCUAUUUGGCCUUAACGAUCAGAUACUGGUGCUCAUCAAUGGAUCAAGCAGAACCAGAGGGAUUCAGAGCAUAGACCAUGUGUAUGAAACUUCUAGUAUAGGAGAAUGGAACAGAAAUUCUGGUCUGGAAGAAUCCUCACUCCACGUUAUCGGACACAUGCCUACACUAUGA